AUGAUACAGAGCAAGCAGGGAUUACAGGUGCUUUUGAAAGAAGAUGCUGAAUCCUCGCUAACACCACGGAAUCAUCACAGCCACCGCCACAGCUGCACCACAGCCUCCACAGCAUCAGUACCGGCCACCACAACUACCGCAGCAGCAGGUUCCAAGACUCCCAUGACAGAAGUUGCUCCCAGCCCCGCCACCACCAAAGCAGUACUAGCACCCAGGACUACCACCACAGCCGCAGCAGCAGGACCAUGGAUUGGCACCACCUCAGCAGCAGCAGCAGGAUACUGGAUGGCCGCCACCGCAGAAGCAGCAAGCAUCAACAGCACUACCGCUGCACCGCAGCAGCAUCACCCAACACAACCACCAUGGCAUCAGCAGCAAUACCCAGGACCGCCACCAACGCCGCCACCACCACAGAAGCAGCAGCACCAACAGCACCUCAGCACCGAAGUAGGCGCACCGCAGCAGCUGCACCAAACACAUCCACCGCCAUGGGAGCCGUAG